AUGUCUCUGCCCACCGCACCCAAGGAUAUCAGCGACCAUCCGGUAGCGGGCUCGGUCACCGACCCCGUCAACAAAGCAGAUAAGGACGCCGACGUCGAUCGCAAGAUUCGUCUAUUCGGCGUCAUCUCAGCUUUCAGAGCAGGACGAGUCCCAUCCAACACCCAGAUAGACCAGACCCUCAAAUACGUACUCGAUAACUCCCCGGUCGACGUCACCGCCCUGUCUCAUGACGGCCGAAAACUCAUCUCAGAUACGCGCGAUAUCAUAGAAACGGCUAGGCUGAUGGUGCAGGAGAAAAACGCCGAUGAGCUAUUUCAGAACUUCCUAUGGCAUACACGCGAUGUGACUGUCGAGGGCGCAAAAAAGGACCCCAAUGAAGUCCUACCGGUGGAUAAAGAGAAGGCUAUUCAGGACGGACAACAAGCUGUACAACACCUCAGAACGAUUUUGUCCCUUGUCCUCACCAACUCCGAAGUCAGAAAGCUGCUCACCGACUUUUCGUUAAUGGGAAGAGAUUUGCUGGCUCGUGGGGCCGCCAAGGCUGCUGAUUCCCUGCGACCAGACGAAGAGCGACUCGCUCGUGUCGACGCGAGUGCGCCAAACGACCAAUUCAUCACCGAGGGGGGCCGUGUUGCCGGUCCAAACGAAACACCUGUACUCGAAGCCAGGAUUCCUGGUACCGAUGCCACCGUAACUCAGCAUCCUAAGGAGCCAUUAGGCAACGGCGCAAAGGUCAAAACCUCCGAUGGAACAGUGAAGUCGGGCGACCAGGCGAUGCGUGAAGCCGGAGCCCAGGCCGAUCAACUCAAAGCUGAGGGCAAGGCAAAGGCCGCUGCAGAAAGGGACGACAUGGCCGCGCGAGCUGACGGCGUCCAGGAAGGUGGGGAAACCACUGAAGUCAAGAAACAGAGCCUCAUGGACAAGAUGCGUGGCUAUCGAGAUGGCCUGACCGACAAGAUUCCUCAAGAACACAAAGACAAGGCUAACGACAAAUUCGACCGUACCAAGCACUUCCUGACUGAGGAGUACUUCCCUGAAGAGCGCCGCGAUCAAUUCAUUUUCCGUGGGAAGAAGGUCAUAAUCGAGUGCCAGAAGCACGAUGACUACCAAGAGUCUAUCCGAUGGCUCUUAAACUAUUUGGAAGAGUACGUCGGCCAUGCCAGGACUGUGGGCGAGCAUGGAAAGGAUAGCGGUGCCAAGCUUACAUCGGAUGCCUCCUUGAAGCAAUCUGUCAACGAAUUACGCACCUUAUUGGAACGAUUCGCCAAUGGCAGGACUACCGCUGAUAUUGUGGAUUCUAUCAACACUUUGAUCGAUGACACCAGGCGAGACCCCGAGUUGCGGGCAUGGUUUACAAACAUGGACGCAUAUAUGCGCAAGGUCCUACUUGAACCAGGGUACGUUCUUGAGCCGGAUUGCAACAAUCAAGCUAGGCGACUUCGCGAUGACGGACGUGUCUUCUACGAUGAUAAGUACAAAGGUCACUUCGACAACCUCUUCCGCACUGUCGGCGAUUGGUUCAAAGCUAUGGGCGAUGAUCCCUUGAACAAGAGAUUCGGUGAAGAUUGGGCACGCUUGACAAAAGACUUGUUGUUCGACAGCGAGGGAAGCCUUAAGUUCAAGCCUCACUUGUGGAAUGAUAUCCGAAAGGUCAUCGUCCCCACUCUCGUCGAUAAGGUCGGCUACGUCCCGAUUCCCCGCAUCGAGUACACAGACGAGAACCUUGACCUCGUUGUUGAGAAUCUCACACUCUCGGGCCGCAAUCUUUUCCCCAACGUAGUAUCCUUCGAGGCCCACAACUUCGUCAAGUUUAGCCCGUACAAUGCCAUCAGCGACGAAAAUCAUCACGAAUUCACUUUGACUUUGGGACAAAUACAAGCGGACAUGCGCGACGUUGCUUUCUAUUUCCGCAAGAAGUCCGGAAUCCCCAAGUUGAUGGACAGCGGCCUCGCCGACGUUGUCCUAGGUGGGAACGGUCUCACUGCCUCCAUCCACCUCGCGUCUGCAGACAAGGAUAAGUCAUCAGUGUUCAAAGUGAAGAAUGUCCAUGUCAAAGUCGACACUCUCAAAUUCUCUAUUCGGGACUCCAAGCACGAUUUCUUGUACAAAACACUGCGGCCUUUAGCUACGGGCCUUGUCAAGAAACAGAUACAGAAGGCUAUCGCCGACGCCAUCACGACCGGGAUGGAGUAUGUUGAUGGGCAACUUGUUGCUGUCCGUGAUCGCAUGCAGGAAGCUAAAGAAACUGACGGCGAGUCACGGACACAAGUGCUACAGGAUCUCUUCAAACGCAAGCAGGAAGAGGCGUCUGUCAAAUCUCAUGAAAAGAACUCGCAGUUCAAGGUUGUAUCCAACAAGCGAGACUCCGUCCUCGCGAAUACUGGCCAUCCCGCCGGUUGGGUCAAUAGAACCGCUGAGCGUGAAGAGAAAGCCGUCCAGGGUACAGAAUGGAGGAGUGAAGCGUUCACUAUUGUUUAA